GAGAGAGAGAGAGAGAGAGGGAGGGAGAGAGAGAGAGAAAGAGAAAGAGAAAGAGAAGCCACCUCAUCAAACACUGACAUUGAAUGAGAGAAGCGUUAGAGGAGAGGGAGUGGUGAAAUCGGAAAAACAUCGGGAAAAUCGGACGGAGAAGUUUCUUUUCUUAAAGAAACGCCCCGAAACAAUAAAACUCGCCUGGAAGAGAUAACGAGUUCAGCAUGUCGUCUGUCCCUCCAGAGAGUGACCCAGAGGAUACCAACAAACAGAGCUUCUGGAUGGUGAGGAGGCCACGGCUUACAAAGCCAGGGAACUACCAGCGUACGGUGAAGAGAACGGAGGACGCGUUCCAGGCGUGUAAUGACAUCGUGACGUGCUUCCAGGAGCGAGCUCGCCUGGAGCGGCAGUAUGCCCAGCAGCUGAGUGAGUGGAGUAAUAAAUGGAAGCCCCUGGUGGACACCAGCCCGCUGUAUGGUUCUCUCUUGCGGGCGUGGCAGUGUUUCCUCUCCUCCGCCGAUCGCCUCUCCACCCUGCACGCCUCCGUCUGCCGAUCCCUCGUUUCCGAGGACGGUGACCGCAUCCGGACGUGGCAGAAGGAGACCUUCCAUAAGAAGCUCUUUGGAGGAUUCCGGGAGUCGCAGGACUUUGACGUGGGAUUUGCCAGAGCUCAGAAGCCAUGGGCCAAGAGACUGAAGAAGCUGGAGAAGGCAAAGGCGGCAUUCCACAAAGCCAGCCGCAAGGAGCACACAGCGCAGGAACGGGAAGUGCACGCUCAGGGCAACCCUGACAUCACCAUGGAGAAACAGAGGAAGAUCCAAGAGGAGAGAGAGAUCACUCACCAGGAGACCCAGAAGGUGAGGGCCCGUUACGAGAAGGUUCUGGAGGAAGUGACACGUUACGCCCCGCGCUACAUGGAGGAAAUGGAGUCGAUCUUCGACCAGGCGCAGGAGGAAGAGAGGAAGAGGAUUAGCUUCCUCAAACAGGCCUUCCUGUCCAUCCACAGACACCUGGACGUCACCAACAAUGAGAGUGUGAAGGCUGUGUAUAAUGAGCUCCACAACACUCUGAUGUCUGUUAGCGAGCAGCAGGAUCUGCGAUGGUGGAAGAACACCUACGGGCCAGGAAUGCCCACGGACUGGCCGCAGUUCCAGGAAUGGAUGCCAGACAAGAAACUUAAAAAAGCAAAGAAAGAGGUGGAGCCUAAAGAUGUUGUUAUGGAGAGGAGCGUAAUGAUCGGUGGAGUUCGGGUGCGAGCCCUCUAUGAUUAUGUUGGACAGGAACCAGAUGAACUUACCUUUAAAGCCGGGGAGCAGUUUCUGAAGACUGAAGAUGAGGAUGAUCAGGGCUGGUGUAGAGGCAUGAUGGAUGGAGGCAGAGAGGGUCUUUACCCAGCUAACUAUGUCGAGGUGGUGUAGGGCUACCGGCAGCUCCACAGCGCCCCAUAUCGCUGUACUCAACAUGUUCCCUCUCUUGCUCUGACCACUUCUGUCUUUAGAGUCAGCUAGGUGCUCGGGUCCUGGAAACAUCUGCACCCAGCCUCCGCACUGUUCCAUAGCAUUUGUUUGUUUGUUUGUUUGAGUCAUUUUUAUUUGAGUCUAUGUCACCUUUUCCCUGUGGAAGCUGAAAGGCUUUGCCCUUCUAGCUGGGUUUCUGAAAGUGCUGAGUGAUUUAGGGAAGGUUGUCCAUGAGCAGUCUUUUUUAAAAUCAUGUGGGGGACAAGCUGCUGUCAUAUAAAUUUACAUUUUUUCUUCAUUUACAUUUUUUCUUGACAAAAUUUUGAUAUUAUACUCUUGCAUUCUGUCCAAUACUGUGGCUUCUGAAGGGCCGAUUAAUCUGUGUGGCGGCUUCUACCUGACAGUGAGGUGUGAGGGUCCUACCUGACUGAGGUGUGAGGGUCCUACCUGACAGUGAUGUGUGAGGGUUCUACCUGACACUGAGGUGUAGAGGGUUCUACCUGACACUGAGGUGUGAGGGUUCUACCUGACAGUGACGUGUGGGGGUCCUACCUGACAGUGAGGUGUGAGGGUCCUAUCUGACAGUGACGUGUGAGGGUUCUACCUGACACUGAGGUGUAGAGGGUCCUACCUGACAGUAAGUUGUGAGGGUCCUACCUGACAGUGAGGUGUAGAGGGUCCUACCUGACAGUGAGGUGUGAGGGUCCUACCUGACAGUGAGGUGUGAGGGUUCUACCUGACAGCGACGUGUGAGGGUCCUACCUGACAGUGAGGUGUGAGGGUCCUACCUGACAGUGAGGUGUUCUAAUAUGCUGAGGCCUUGGGGAGAGUCUGAUGUGCAGUGCUGUUAUAUUAUGUGUGUGUGGGGCUGAUCCUAUAUGGCUGGUCAAUGUUUCACACCAAAGACUAGCAGGUAUUCCAAGUAAGAACAUUUAAGAUUGUUUAAGAAUGUUUAAGAGUGUUUAAGACUUUGUGAGAGUAUUUACCAUGUUGAGCAAGCCUGUAAAAUGGCUCAGUGUUUGAAUUGUGGUAUUUUUGCAGUGACCUGAUUGUGCCUGUGCUGCCCUACAUGCUGUUGCUCCCAUCCUCAGCAAACACUUUACUUUCACGGCUUUACGGCUUGCCUUUCGAGGCUUACAGUGGUGUGUGUGUGUGCAUGUGUGUGUUUCUCACACAAACAUACUGCGGGUUGUGGGUCUCCUGCCUGGGUGUGUGCAUCAGUGUUAGUAACAUGUGCAUGUACAGUGAUGAGUGGGCUUCUGUCAGCCAGCAGCAGCUGGGCCUAUUGGCACCGCUGCUUGUGUGGUUUUCUCUCUGUAUGAAAAGUGUUACUCUAACCAUUGAGGGUUAUUAAAUGUGUGUGUGUGUGUGUGUGUGUGUGUGUGUGAGAGAGAGAGAAUGUGUGUGUGUGUGUGUGUGUAUAUCAUAGAUUAUCUUACAUGUUCCCUAUACGCAGUAGCUGUUACAUGAUACACGCAAAAGGCUAUUUCUAAAUGUCAAAUUAUGAAUAAAUAAAUAUUAAACAUAAAA